AUGAGAUCCCUGAAACACCUCAAACAUCACACCAGGAACAAUGUGGAGGAGAGUGGCAGUCUGGUGCGGUGCUACCCCAAGGUGAUAGAGGGCCAGGUGGAUGCAGGAACACAGACAGACCCUGUGGUGGUACUGUCUCUAGCCCAGGCUGCUGUCCUGGGCCUCAUCUCCCAGAAUGAGAUCUUUGGAGCCACCAUCGCCCCCAACGGCUUCUACAUGGGCGAGCCCAGGGAGUAUGUCAGGACCCCUCCCCCUCCAGAGGGCAUGGAGUAUGAGUACGCUGACCAGCUGAUUGGGGCCAACGGGGACUACCUGGCUGAGCCUGCAGGGGAGUCGGAGCCCCACAGCAAUGAGAGGAGGCGCCCCGGGCCCAGAGGGAGGACAAGGAGGCCCAGGAAUGAAGGAGGAGCACCAGGGGAGCCCCCUCACAAGGUCCUCAGCAUACAGACUCGGGUCAAAGGGGAGCGGGGAGAGUCUGAAACCCCUCCGUCCUGCAUCCACAUGGUGAAAGACCCUAGCAGCCCAGGCAAGAUGGAGGAGCCAGCCACUCACAGAGGGCCUCUGAAGGAGGAGCAGAGCUGUGGUAACUGUGCUGUGUGUGUGAGAGAGACGUCCAGUCAGACCAAGACAGACGCACGGCCAGAGCAGGGGCCAGAGGAGAGGAGGGGGAGAGGAGGAGAGGGGCAAGAAGAGGAGUUAGCUGAGGAGGACGGAGUAUUGAACCUCAAGACUGGAGGAGACCGGGAAGACAGUCCCAAUCCCAUUAACCACUACUUUGAGUCCAGCGAGGUGGCCUAUGAGUCUGCUGACGUGGCCGUGGGGGACUAUGACGAGAGCAGCCAGGGCAUGCUGUGGGCUGCAGACGCUGAGGGGAUAGCCAGGCGCAUGCAGAUUGACCGGCUGGACAUCAACGUCCAGAUAGAUGAGUCCUACUGCGUGGAUGUGGGAGAGGGCCUGAAGAGAUGGAAGUGCCGCAUGUGUGAGAAGUCGUACACCUCCAAGUACAACCUGGUCACCCACAUCCUGGGCCACAACGGCAUCAAGCCCCAUGAGUGCCUGCACUGCGGCAAGCUGUUCAAGCAGCCCAGCCACCUCCAGACCCACCUGCUCACCCACCAGGGCACCCGGCCACACAAGUGCACCGUGUGUAAGAAGGCCUUUACCCAGACCAGCCACCUGAAGAGGCACAUGCUGCAGCACUCGGACAUCAAGCCUUACAGCUGCCGCUUCUGUGGGCGAGGCUUCGCCUACCCAAGCGAGCUCCGGUCCCAUGAGAACAAGCAUGAGAACGGCCACUGCCACUUGUGUUCCCAGUGUGGUAUGGAGUUCCCCACCCACGCCCAUCUGAAGCGCCACCAGACCAGCCACCAGGGCCCCACCACUUACCAGUGCACCGAGUGCAACAAGUCCUUUGCCUACCGCAGCCAGCUGCAGAACCACCUCAUGAAGCACCAGAACGUAAGGCCCUACGUCUGCCCAGAGUGUGGCAUGGAGUUUGUCCAGAUCCAUCACCUCAAGCAGCAUGCCCUCACUCAUAAGGUACUAAUACCGCAGGCCCUCACCGACCAGGGUAUGAAAGAAUUCAAAUGUGAGGUGUGUGCCCGGGAGUUCACCCUCUCUGCUAACCUCAAGAGACACAUGCUGAUCCACGCCAGCAUCAGGCCCUUCCAGUGUCACGUCUGCUUUAAGACCUUCAUUCAGAAACAGACCCUCAAAACACACAUGAUCGUCCACCUGCCUGUCAAACCUUUCAAGUGCAAGGUGUGUGGCAAAUCUUUCAACAGAAUGUACAACCUCCUGGGCCACAUGCAUCUCCACGCUGGCAGCAAGCCCUUCAAGUGUCCUUACUGCUCCAGCAAGUUCAACCUGAAGGGCAAUCUGAGCCGACACAUGAAGGUCAAACACGGCAUCCUAGACGCUUCACCAGACGGACAAGAAGCCCCCCCUGACAUAGAGAACCAGGAGGACUACGAUGAAGAGAACUUUGAAUUCAGCGAACGAGAGAACCUGGCCAGUAACAACACACCAGACAUCACUAAACUGUCUGAAUUGGAGUAUUAUAGCAGCUACGCCAAGGGUGCAGGGCGCUACAACACUGCAUGAAUCAUAAAAAAAUACCCCAUACUGAGUAGAAGUGUAAACUAAUAAAGGGAGUUAAUGCCGCUAGCAGCUGAAGGCACUGCGAUGAGCUUUUACUCUCUGUAGGGGCAUGAUUUAAAGUGGUGGAAUCUGCCCAUUCGUAUGCACUGGAAUCUCUGUUUGCUUGCUCUGACAUUCAUUGGGAGUGAGAGACAGGUCAGUUGGGAUUGUACAUUUCUCAUCGGCACCUUCUGUUUUGUAUUGAAGCGUGACUCACCUCUAGGUGCCACAACAUUGUUAUUGACAAAUGUGUUCACGUGAAAAAGGUAAUAUGUGAAAAUAAAUCAUCUAACCUCUGGGAGAGUCCUACUCAACAUACAGUACCAGUCAAAAGUUUGGACACACCUACUCAUUCAAGGGUUUUUCUUUAUUUUAACUAUUU